CCCGAGCAUUUCACAACAAAAACAGCCGGCGGCAUUCAACGGGAAACGUACAAUCGAGCACAACGCGAAGCAAUCGUAUCGAAGGCAUUCUGUGUUUAAUUGGUCCCUGCUUUGAUCCUCUCUCACAUUUGUAAAAUGUACUCGGUGAUAACUGUUUUGAUUGUGUUUAAGUGAGCGAUUCGUGUGCUGCUGGCAAAGGUACGGACACCAGCGGGCCGCACUUGGUGGAAUUGAUCAAACAAGCAUUUAAAACAGAUACGGUCAACUACCUGUUGAUUGCGGACGACGAGCAACUAAUAAAACAAUCGCUCAUUUAUGCUUGCGAUGUGCUCAAGGUUCGAGCCGUAUUUACGACGGGUGGUACUGGAUUUGCGCCAAGCGACGUAACCCCGGAAGCUACACGAGCUAUUAUCACCAAGGAAGCACCACAGCUUACACUAGCCAUGACGCUUCGUAGCUUGGAGAAAACCAAGUUUGCAGUACUCUCGAGAGCCGUCUGUGGUGUAAGAAACAAAACGCUGGUCGUUAACUUUCCGGGCAGCAAAAAGGCGGUCGGCGAAUGCUUCCAAUCGAUCGUGGACGUUUUGCCACACGUGCUGAACUUGUUGAACGAAGGCGAAAUAGAACGGGUUCGUGAAACACACCGUAAAGUACAGGCGGAAGGUGACUUUUCGGUGUCGCAGGAAGUGCAUCACGUGUGUCCACAUGCAACAGGGAAAGGGGGUGAUGAUCGUAACUCCCCAUUCCCGAUGAUCGGAGUGGAUGAUGCGCUGAAGCAAAUUCUCGCUUCCAUACCGACUGUGCAAGCACCUCGAAAGCAACUAAGCCGCGUUAAUAUUCCACCAUUUCGAGCGUCCAUCAAAGACGGCUACGCCUUGAAAUCGAUCGGUGGCAAGGGCAUGAAGAAGGUGAUCGGUUACGUUUCGGCCGGCGAUCCGAUCGUACAGACAAAUUUCACCAUCGAUGAAUGCUAUAAGAUCAAUACCGGCGCGCCGGUGCCACUGCAUGCCGAUGCCGUCAUACAGGUUGAAGACACAAAGCUUGUGUCACGCGAAAAUGACUACGAAAAAAUCGUCGAAAUUUUGACCGAACCAACUGCCUCGCUCGACAUCCGUUCGAUCGGCAGUGAUCUGCGUAUGUCGGAGGAAGUGUUCCAGUAUCAGUUCCCACUGGACGCGUGUCAGCGUGCAUUACUAGCAGCAAUCGGAGAGAAGGUAUCCGUGGUGAAGUUGAAGGUAGCCAUAAUUUCAACUGGGGAUGAACUGUUGCACCCGUACGAUGUAAAUGCAACGGCUGACGCAAGCUCGUCGGAAGGAAAAAUUUAUGACUCGAACACUACUAUGCUGGUGGCGCUUGUACGUCAAUGCGGGUUUACCGAAGAUCAGUGCGAAAUUCAGCAGCGGGUCGUGAAAGAUGAUUUUGAAUCAUUGAAAAAAGAAAUUGAAUCACUUACUGGCGCCGUACACAUCAUCAUAUGCACCGGAGGUGUGUCGAUGGGCGAUAAGGAUUUCGUCAAGCCGGUGCUAAAAGAGCUAAACUACGAGCUAGUGUUUGGUCGUGUCAACAUGAAGCCGGGCAAACCGUGUACCUACGCCAGCAGCAAAGUGACCAAAUUUUUCGGUCUGCCUGGUAAUCCGGUUUCAGCAUUCGUAACGUUCCACUUGUUUGCAUUGCCAGCAUUACGACAAUAUCUUGCUACCGUAAAUGAGACGGCCCCCAAGUUGGCCAAAUCCAGUUUACCCAUGAUUACGGUUGAGCUUUUGGACUCGAAAUAUGUGCUAGACCCUCGACCAGAGUAUGCCAGAGCAUCAGUUAUAUCGCGGAAUGGUAAGCUGCUAGCAAGCAUAACUGGUGGACAAAUCAGUAGCAGGCUGAAGAGUACCAUCGAAGCUGACGUCCUUCUCGAACUUCCGGCCAGGACGGAAAACAAACCAUGCAUUACAGUGGGAGCACAGCUUAAAGCGCUUGUUCUGCGAUCUGAUUUUAUUUCUCGAUAUGAGUAAAGAGCAGUAAUUUGUACCAUCUCACACAUAUAGAUUUUGCUCACGGUAAAGAAGCAAUAAAAUUACAAUCAAAAUAAAGUA